CACGACUGUGCAGAUGUUCCUGGGCUCUGGGCCCCAAGGACCUGCCUACAGCUGGGGGAGGACUGCAGGACUCACACAGUGCUUGGCCUGAGCCACGCAAAAGAGAAUGGAGGCUGGAGCCAAGGGCUCCGGGGGAGUGGACUCCACUCUGGUCGGGACCCAAGGCACCGGCGCCGCCCAGACACUGUGAGCUGGGCUGGGCCUCAGAUGGCAGCCGGCCGGGGAGGUGCCGGCGUGGGAAGGGCUUUAAAUCCUGCCGCCAGACCCGGGCGUGGGAGAGGCGGAGAGGGCCAGCCACCAUGGGUCCCUGUGGCCUCCAGGCGCUGCUGCUGCUGCCUCCACUGCUGCUGCUGGUCACCACAGGCCCCGCUGCGGCCCUCAAGGAGGAUGAGAGACAGCUGAUGGUCCAGCUACACAACCUCUACCGCGCCCAGGUAUCCCCGCCCGCCUCGGACAUGCUGCGGAUGCGGUGGGACCCGGAGCUGGCCGCCUUCGCUAAAGCUCACGCCCAGAAGUGUGUGUGGAGCCACAACAAGGACCGCGGGCGGCGGGGCGAGAACCUGUUCGGCAUCACGGACGAGGGCCUGGACGUGCCGCUGGCCGUGGAGGAAUGGCACCGAGAGCGCCAGCACUACAACCUCAGCGCCGCAUCCUGCGCCGCGGGCCAGAUGUGCGGCCACUACACGCAGGUGGUCUGGGGCAAGACCGAGAGGAUCGGCUGCGGCUCCCACUUCUGCGAGACGCUCCAGGGAGUGGAGGAGAACAACAUCCACCUUCUGGUGUGCAACUACGAGCCCCCGGGGAACGUGAAGGGCGAGAGGCCCUACCGGGAAGGGACGCCGUGUUCCGAGUGUCCCCCAGGCUACCGCUGCGAGAACGCCCUGUGCGAACCCAUCAGAGCCCCGGAAGAGGAGCAGGACUUGCCUCCCCUGUUGACUGAGGUCCCACCCACCGUGAGGGCUGAAGCCUCGGACCCUGGGAAAACCCUCACUCGUUCCCUAGCAACAGAGAGGCCUCGCUCCUCGCCUAGCUUCUCCGUGCCCAGGGUCUCGGGUUCCCUAGCAACGAUGGCCCUGCCCGCGGUAGGAACAAAAGUCCCACCUUCCUUAGCAACGGAAGAGCCCGUCUCCAUGGCAAUAGAGACUCUACCUUCCCUAAGCUCGGCGGUCCCUUCCGUUUCGGCCACUCCCACCCUACUUUCCUCGAAGGAUGGGCCAGGGGUCCUUCCCGGAUCCACCCGUGUUCCUGUCCUGAGAGCUACCGAAGAGGUAGCCCCCAAGACAAGCGCAUCCCCCGCGAGACCAGAGAGCUCUCGGAAUCCCAAGGGGGAGCUCCUGCCCCUUGCCCUGGACGAGGUGGAGGCGGAGGCGGAGUUGCCCCCUUCCAGUGAGGUCUUGGCCUUCAUUCCGCCAGCCCAGGGAGAGGCUGAGGCGGAAGCCGAGUUGCCUCCUCCCAGUGAGGCCUUGGCCACAGUUUUUCCAGCCCAGGCCAAGCCAGGUGAGCUGCAGGCCACACUGGACCGCCCGGGGCACGCCAAGUCCCUGCCCAGUCUCCCCAGUGACUCUGCCUCUGACACUGCCAAGGCUGGGCGGACCCUGGCUCUGCACUCCUCCUUCCCAGGUGCAGAGGGCCCUGAGAGCCCUGGCGGGGAGCCGAGGCAGAGCACCGGCCACGCGAGGACCCCCGCCCUGGGAUUACUGCUGCUGGCUCCCCUGCUGUGGGCUGGACUCCUGUGAAGGGGACACCACUCUGCACGAGGCCUGGUGGGCGGACCCAGGCUUCACGCCCACUCUGGACUGUCUUCCUCCAAUGAGAGGCCACAGCUCCCUGGGCAGGUCCUGCUCUGUGGCCUGGCAGCCCCCUUCACCCCAGCUCUGGCCAAGUUCGAGGCACCAACCUUGUCCCCUGGGGAAGUCACCCGCGGCUGGCUGCAGGCUGUUCUGAGCAGCAUCCCGGGACACAUGUCCCUGGUCUCGCUGUCCUGUGGCCACGGGACUGCGCUCCCAGGCUUCCCAGAACAACCUGGCUCCGACAAGCCCCAGGCCCCUUCCCCCACGCACCAAGCCCAGGCCUGUCCCCAGUGCCUCCUGCCUUCCCAGUGCAGAGCCCCACAGCCCGGACACCGUCUCCCUAGCCACGUCCCCGGCCCCUCCAACAAGCUUCUUGGCCCGAGGUGUGUGAGGGGCAAAGGCUGCCGGCAUGGGGACCUGGACCCUUCCUGGCGCCCGCACCCGAGUCCUCGCUGGGGGUACUGAGGGACAAGGCCCACUCGAGUGAGGUUCUAGGGAAGGGAGGCAGGGACCAGGGAGGGCAGCAGCCCUGACUCCUGAAUAAAGCCUGUGCGAGAGCCUGGA